AUGGAGAAGAAGAAAUGCUAUAUUCUAGUAAAUACGGUAAUUGAACUAUUCCAUUUUUACUUCCUUAGGCAGCAGUUUUUCAAAGUCUUAUAGAGAAGGAAGUUCUCGCAACAUUUCUAAUACAGCGAUUUCAGAUAUUUGAGCUUGAUCAAAGCGGUGAAAGCUCAAAAAACAGUAAAAACAACAAAAAAAGGUAAGUCAUCGUAUUUUACAUUCAAUUCUUGUGCAGCAUGUGUUAUGUAUGUUUAGUGGACUGAUUACACCUGUGUUUUGGCACAUACAUCCAUACAUAUUAGGCAGCAUGCACAAAAUAUAUUGUUGAUGAUGGUUUAUAAAAUGUGCCCAGAAGCCCAACAUUACAAGAUUUCCCUUAACCAUAUGAUUACUGUUAUGUAGCUUUUAUAUUACAUAUUUGUAAGGUAGGAUAAGUGUGUAUGGCUUGGGGGAUAGUGUGCUAGGAUUAUGUAGCGUUUAAGGGGAAGAUUACUCUUAUGGCAUCACUGUAAUAGGUUGGUGAUUAGAAGGAAGUAUAAUCAUUAGGAAUGUAACCUCCACUAGUUUUACUGAAACAUACAUGUCCAGGUUCUGCCUGAGAUCAGGCUCCCCAAACUGCAGACAGGUGAACCUUACAUUGUUAUACAUUCAUUAAAGGAUAUCAUUUAAUUAAUGGAUAUAAUUUUGGAAUUCUAAAACAUGAACUGUCCAUUAAAACAACAUACAUAUCACAUAAUAUAUAAUUAAAUGUUUAGUUGAAGUGUCCCUGUAAAAAAAGUACUGGCUUCUUUGAUAAGGAAAAAAAUCUAACCUCGUUACUGUUUCCAUUUAAGUUAAAACUUUAUUGAUUUCAAACUAAAUUUAAAACAAAAACAUUUGAUUGCUUUACAGGCUUGUGUGUUGCUUGGAACACAAUUACUAAAAAACUUUUCCAUGAAUAACUGCUCUCAAAUGUGUAGUUGUAAAAUUGUAAAUUAACACUAACAAUGCAAAUUAAACAAAGCAAUCAGAGGGAAAGAAACAAUACCAAAUGACUAAAUGUGACUUAAAAAAAUGUAACAUCUCAUAUAUAUCCAUCUCAUCUAACGAAAACACAAAAUGGAAUAUAUAUACAUACACACACACACACACACACACAGAAAGAGAGAAACGAUAAAUUCCUAAAAGGGUGAGUCACAAUAUACUAAAAUGUUUUAAUCAAAUAUAGCCUGCUUAACUCCUUACAUAACUCUUUUUGCAGAAUCACCCUGCAGACCGCCCAAGACCAUACACCAUGGUCUAGGAGAGGCUUAAAAAUCAGUGCAUCUUUAAAAGGGGAUGUAACUUACCAGUAUUUUUAAAAACACAUUAACUUAUAGAAAAUAAGAGCGAACAGCAAGCUAAAGGACUUUAGGCAUCCUGAGUGUAACCUUAACAAUACUUAUGCGGACUUGAGAUUGGAGCACAAAAGCAUUUUUCCUUAGGAUGUGAGAUGCUUAGCUUGCAAAAGAGACAACUUUAGGGACUUCGGAAAAAAAUAAUAAGAAUUAAAAAAAACUAACAUAUGCAAAUGAAAAAGGUUUACAUGUGUGGUAACAUUUUAAUAGUUUAAUAGAGUUGCAGCAGAAUACAAAUAUGGGAUGCUUGCAUUAGUGGGACACAUGAGGUCUGAAUUUAACCAAAAUACUAAACAUGAUAAAAUGGUUAAAGAAACACUACAGGGUCGGGAACACAAGCAUGUAUUUGCUGAUCCUAUAGUGUUAAAAACAUUAUUUAACCCCCUGGCCUCUCUUGCUACUCAAAUAUAGUGAAAAAUCACUAUUACCAGCACCACAUGGGUCUGCCAGCGCUGGUUCCGCCCCAAUCCGCCUCCUUUUCUGACAUCAUCAGAAUUGAUUAUCUCAGCAAAUCGCAAUGUUUUCCCAUAGGAAGCCAUUAAGCAUCUCCUCACAUAUGCAUUGAAUCAAUGCAUCUCUAUGAGGAAAGUUUAGUAUCUCUAUGCAGAGUGUGGAGACUAUGAAUGUCAAUGUUGCACACUGUAGAGCACUGACCCAGGAAGCAUGUCUAGAGGCCAUCUGAGUGCCACUGGUGGUGUCCCUAGGCUGUAAUGCUGUGAUUGCUGUGCAAUGCCUGCAGGGAAAGGCUAUAGACAUCAGAACCACUACAUUAAGCUGUAGUUCUGGUGACUAUAUUGUUCCUUUAAGAUUCUCAGGAAUUCACAAGAACCCCAAAAGGAUCCAAAAAGUGCAUUAACAGCACAAUAUGAAAUCAUACAUUUUCAGUUCUCCUUUUUGGUUUUGUAAAUGGAAAACGGCACAGAUGCAAACUUUCAGAAAAAAAAAAAAAAGGAGUGUGUUCCUUUUGCAGUUAUUUAUUAAAGUCAAUGAAGUCUAAAAAAUAGAGCAGCUGAUACGAAGAGAUUUAGCCUCAUAUAUAAUGAUAUCGUAAAGCUUUUUUUUUUUUUUUUUUUUAAACAUCUACGGCUGAAAGUAACUGAAUAUAUUUGACAGCACAAUGUUAACUUUUAAAAACUUAUUUCCAAAAGAUGUAUUUACACAUUCUUGCUGCUAUGUUUUAGUGGAAGCCUCAUACACCUAAAACAUAAUGGCCCAAUUCCAAGUAAGAAUUGGCUCUCCAUUUCCAUAAAAGACAAUAGCUGAUUUUAACUAUUUUACAUAUAGCCUGAUUAAAGGAAACACUGAUUAAGAUGGAUUAUUAACUGUGCAUACUUAGAAUGACCCCUUUCAGCCUUUACAACAAAGAUUGAAAAAGCAUCACCUGCAAUGAUUUCCCCAAAAGGUAGAGAGCUAUGCAUAAUUUUGCUACUGAGUAUUAAGAGUAAAGAUAUAUAACUAGAUUGACAAUGUGGCAUUUUUACCAGUUACAAAUAUUGUUUUAAUCAGUCAGAUGCUUUACUUACAAUGCUCACUGCCUAAAUUAGAUUUUUUUUUGAUAGCACAUUUUACAAGCUAUUUUUUAUUUUUAAGCAGUUUUCAUGCAAUGAAUAAGGUUAGCUAACAGGAAGUUCUCUAUUAAAAAGUAUGGGUGUAUAUAGUUCUACAUAUUUUGUACAAUGUGUCAAUUUUUUUCAAAAAUGUAUUGCCUCUUUUUGUAUAAACUGUGCUACCACACAAGUUAGCAUGGUUCAAUUCACGGUUAUCUCAGAACAGACCUUCACCUCUUGUCCUUUCUUCUGUCUGUAAAUUGCUUGUCAAAUUUCCUCAUUUUAUAAUCGGAAAUCGCAGUGGAAUGCGUUAGCGCUACAUAAAUGCUAAUAAUUAUAAAGUUUUAUUCCUAGAUUGCAAAUUAAUUCUGGGGUUUAAAGUCACUAUUACUACCAUUUCUUUAAUAUUGAGUACUCAUGUCUCGCAACCUGGGAGCAGCUUUGCCCAUUUUUCAAGGCUAUUCACUUUCAAUAAAUCUUACUAAGUUGGUCCCUGCCUUGUCUCAUACCUGACCACGAAUGUAAGAAAAGUAGCUGUAGUAAGAAGCAAAACCUGGAGAACUGUUGUAGACAUUUGUUCUGAGAUAACUGUAUACUGCACAGUGCUAUAUUUGCAGAACAGCCAGAUGAAAAAAGCAAAAACAAAAACAAUUUUUACAAACAAUCAUAACACAUUGGACAUUAAAGACAAAAAUUUGCAUUUUGCUAAAUACAUAGAUCCAUAUAUACCUGUGUUUUUUAAAUGCCUUAGAAAUGGUGGUAAAACAGACUGCUAACAAUUCCUAUCUCUGUUUCCUUAUAGGUGA